CAAAUGUUAAGUAAAAUAAACCCACAAUCAUAUUAAUAUUAUUAUUUUAUUACAAUUGACAUUUGAAAGGUUAUUUAGAGGUUAUCGUAGUAUCGCAAAAUUGGAUUUAUAGUGAAGUUGAAGUGUUUUCCACUUUAAUAAAUUCUUAAAAUAGCACAGGAGCUUUCAUAUAAUUUAUUUUAUAAAUUAUAUCAAAAACUUGAUUAAUUAAAAAUUAAGCUUAAAAGUACUGUUUCUAUAACAAGGUUUUAUGUUUCUGUAAAUCUUGUAAAAUGUUUACUAAAGUGUCGAAAGUUAAACUAAAUAAUGGAAUUGAAAUGCCUAUGAUUGGUUUAGGCACCUAUGCGCGUAAAGCAGAACCAGGGCAGUACAGACAAGCUGUUGAAUGGGGUAUAGAACUUGGCUAUAGACAUAUAGAUACUGCAUCUUGUUAUAAAAAUGAGCAGGAAGUAGGAGAAGCAAUUGAAAUGAAAAUAAAACAAGGGUUGAUUAAAAGAGAAGAUUUAUUUGUUACAAAUAAGAUCUGGAAUGAUCAUCAUGCCGAAAACGAAGUUGUACCAACCCUAAAGGAUUCAUUGAAAGAAAUGAAAUUGGAUUAUUUAGACUUGUACUUGAUCCACUGGCCAGUUUCCAUUAAUGCAAAGGGUGAAGAUACUGCAGUAGAUUACAUUGAAACAUGGAAAGGUAUGGAGGAGGCAGUAAAUCGUGGACUUGUGAAAUCCAUUGGUGUUUCAAAUUUCAACGAGGAGCAAUUGAAGAGGCUUCUUAAGCAUGCUAACAUCAAACCUGUUGUUAAUCAGAUUGAGAUAAACCUCACAUUGACUCAACAUAAAUUAGUAGAUUUUUGCAAAGAGAUGUCUAUUAUUCCAGUGGCAUACACUCCUCUAGGUCUCAUGUCUGAAGCCAGACCGGAGUUUAUUGGGAAGGAUGUCAUUAAAACUGAUCCCAAGUUGGGAGCAAUCGCUGAAAAAUAUGGCAAAAGUCGAGCACAGAUUGCUUUAAGAUAUUUAACUCAACGGGGUAUACCAGUCAUCCCGAAAUCAUUUACAAAGUCAAGAAUUGAGGAGAAUUUAAAUAUCUUCGAUUUCGAGUUAAACGAAGAUGAAAUGAACAUCGUGGAUAGUUUCAAUUUGAAUCAUAGAUGUGUUCCUGGACGAGCUUUUGAAAAAUAUACUAAUUAUCCAUUCUAAGUUGUUCUUUUUACACAUUUGUUAAAUAAUAUAAUGUAUUUCUGUGAUAAUAAAGGUAAACAUGGUUCAAAGU